AUGGAAGAGUUUUACAACAACCCGUUCAGCCACGAUCAGGAAAUGGAGGAUCUGUGCUACUCCAGUGUGGUUUCCUUCUCUGCUGAUCCAUGCACAGCAACAACAGCAACAGCAGCGGCAGUAACAGCUGUACCAGAGAGUUGUAAAAACAUCGAUUCUUUUGGGGUCUCGUCGGUGCUACGUCUGCAGACGCAGCUGAGUGAGGCGCUGCGGACUAACGUCAGUCUUCGUACCACCUACGAGGCUCACAUCGAUACGCAGCGACAAGAAAUUGAUCGACUGAGUGGCGAGAAUAACGAGCUGCUGAAGAAACUGACAUGGUUGGAGACGCAGCUACGGUCCCUUUCGCUGGAGAAGGAAUGCGUGAUAAUGGCGCAGAAGCGUGAGGUAGAGAAGAACGCGGCACUCAAGGAAAAGAUCGGCUGCCUGGAGGCGGAGCUGGGGUCGCUGGAGCGGCGGACAAAGGAGUGGACUGCUGCAUACAGCACAACUCCACGCAACGCCGACGGGCACUCUACUCCCAUUUCCCAAAUACGAACACAGUACCUCUGCCCAAAACAACAACAUCGACAACAACAACAACAGCAGUCAGUACUGCAAGUUCAGAUGACACCUUCACGUGCUGGUGAUUCAUACAUGUGCACACCAGACAAUUCGCGUUGCGGAUCGGGCCAGAAGGAGCAGCCUCUACACCUUUUCGGCCCGUGUCCGCCCAGCGCCACCAGGGCGGCUGCAGGAACACAGCGGCAAGAGACACUACGAAAUCCCGAUGGCUCUGCGGCGAAGUCGCACACGAGGACGGAGGCCUGCCCCACCCAGCAAAAGGAUGGGGCUGAUGAAGCAGUCGUGAAGGAAUUGGAAAAAAGGCUCCUUCACGAGUGCCAGAGAAAGGACGAAAUAGAGAAGCAGUUGCAGAAAAUGGAGCGAACGAGGAUUCGUACCGGUUCUGAGCGGGCAAAGAAGAUUUCACUAGAACGAGACCUUAUCUCAGCUCAACGCGCAGUUGGGGAUAUAAGAAUGCGGCUUCGGGCGUUGUCGGCGCUGGUUCGGUAG